AGGCGGAGGAUAGUAUACAGGCGUCAUCCCACUCUCGACUCAGACCAGACGCUUCAACUUUUUAUAUCAAUCGCGAGUGAACUGCUACAGCAAGGAAGUAUCCUCAGCUGAGCUGAGAUAUCCACCCCGGAGACAAAAGAGUCGAACGCUUUCCCCCCUCCUUCAAGCAACGUAUAUUUUGUAGGGGAUCUGUUUUUACAAGGCGGAACCACUAUUCUUUCGAUGUUGACAUCGUAGUUUUCUGAUUAAAAAGGCAUUGGACUCUAAACUUUUGCGUUUAGAGCGUAUGUAAGAAGUUCAAAAGCGGAUAUUCAGAUAUUUUACCGUUAUUAACAACUGUUAUGUCGCGCUACUGAAGCUGUUUAGGACAUGUCCAGACGACAAAAUCAGUCCAAUGGCUCGACCAUCCUAAUUGAGAGAGGGAAAUACGGAGAAUUGAAUCCCGGUGGCGGAGCAGCCUCUGGUGCCGAACCGACUGACAACCCCCAGUUCAGCGAAGGGGAGCAGCAGUCACGGGGAGGAAUAAUGAUGCCGAAUAGUCUGCUUGGUUUCCAGUCGAGGUCGCCGUUGUUCAGAACACUGUCCAGGUCAUCCAGUGGAUAUUUUUCGUUCGACAGCGAUUCUAUUCCAAGCUCCCCGCUAUUGAAAGAUAAAUCGACACAGACUCCGAGCCCAUCUAGCCAAGUCAUGACUCACGCACUGCAGCGCAUGUCUCAAGCACAGGAGACCAAUCGAGAUUAUGACGCGUGGCCCAACCUCCUCCACUCCUAUAGACCACGGCCACCGCCAACUGCAGGGGACAUGUGGCCAGAGACACUGAUUGGCCAGGAGCUUCAGCGCAUUGGAGAUGAGUUUAACGAUCACUUCAUACAUGGGCGCCCUGCUGGCAGAAACGGUCAAGUUGCCCAGGCAAACCUGCAGGAGAUGCACCAAGAGCCCGCCUUCCUACUGUGGAUGGGGCUCCUGAUUGGACGACUAUUACAGAUCAUCUUGCAGAGAAGAUGAUGGGUAGACAGAAGCCUCAAUCCCAUUCCUGCAGCACCCAGCAGUCACAUACUGUAGCACCUGGGAGAAUUCUGUCAAAAGACCCUGUACAUAUGUGAUUAUAUAAAAUGCUACAUUUUCAGAAUGGAUCCUCCUGCAUAUGUGGACCUAUACAAAUGUGUCUUGAUAGUUUUUAACCUUGAAUUGGCUCAAGAUUCCCUGAUCCAGGAUAAGUUGGAAUAGGGAAUUUGUACAGCUUUGGAGAAUACUUUCUUUGGGAAUUCUACAACAACUGGAAUUUUGCAGGAAACUGCUCAGAUUUGGAAAGCUGAGCCUAAUCAAACCACCAAAGAUGGAGUGUCCUGUUGCAGAGCACUCACAGGGAUAAUGCCAUGUGGAUAAUGCUUUGUGGAGGUUACAUGUGCCUUGUACAGUUUCUCGCUUUUUUACUAAGCUGUUUUAUUUUUCUUGCAGCUAUUUCUUUUUCACCUCUGUAUUUCAUUUGUUUGUGAGUUUGCCCAUGGUCAGAUGUGUCGAGUCUGCGCGGUGCCUGUUCCUCCGGGUUCUCAUGGCUUCUCACGGUUUCCUUUCCUCAUCCAAACAUCAUCUGCAAUUCUAAUUUGAUGCAACCAGUUCCACGGCCGCUUCCAUUGACCCAGACAUUUAAAUCUUAAUAUUAAAUAGGAAAUUAUUUGUAAGCACCAUUUUUUAAAUGUAUUUUCUUUCCAAACAUAUUCAGUACAAUAGCAAGGAUGUUAGUAGUAAUUGUAAGAACAACAACAGCUAAAAACAUUGAUAGCAAAUACAAUGCCUAAAAUAAUCAUAUUUAAUUAAAUUAAAGUACAUGAAUUAGGGCAAAUAAUGUAAGUUCUUGAAACAACUUAUUUUACUGUUGUCUCACUUGUUUAACCCUGCCCCUUUUCAGAUGUCAAACAUAAUUGCUGUUAUCAUUUAGCAUUUAGCUUGGACAGGCUGUUGUCGGGGCUUUCAUAGCCCAGCUGACACUCAUGUUGGCCCGGCCAAGUCCUUCACAGCGCUGCCAGGUCAUUAAAUGCUCAUAGAAGCUUUGCUGGAAGAGAACCAAACUCUGAGCACCAGGGGAGCAGGGCUUUGUCAAUGGAGAGCCAUGAGCUAACAUUAGCCAGAGGAACAGGCAGAGAGAGCCAAUGGGUUCAAUACAGGUUUUAAUGGAUGGGAUGACUUGCAGUGGUUGAGAACUGAGAUCGAUAGACAGGGAUAAAAACCACCCAACAACCUGGAAGGAUCUAUAUCCAAAUUCUUGAAAAUGUGUUGUAUUUCUGAUCUGUGGUAGUAUGAAUGGGUUUUUUAAGGCCCAGUGCAGUCAAAAUCCUGUUUUUCCUGUGUUUUGAUGAAACUAUCCCUUUAAAAGUGUGAAAGAAUUUGAGGCAGUAUAAGUUAAUAUAUACCAAUAACAAAGAGUUCCAACCUCUUUGCCAAUAACAGUUAGUUUUCAGAUUACAUACUCAGACCACUCCAACAGUCCUAACAAAAUUAUUGCUAGAGAAAUAGUUUUUGCUAAAAGGCUAUUUUUGUUUCCUUUUUACAGUUUUAAUGGAAAACUAUUACAGUAAGGCACUUGCUUAAUUGUUACCCAGAAAUUAUUUGAUAUUGAGAUAAAAACAGAUGCAUUGGGCCUUUAAGGAAAAACAAAAAUUGAAGUAGGAUUACUUUGAAUGUUACAUGUUACCACAUUGUGCACCAUGGGUUGGUUGGAAAUGUUAUGUGUCCUCUUGUGUGAGCCAAAGAUGGAUUACACUGUAAUUUUGCUGGUUAGAUCUUAUUGUAUAGUACAGUAUAGGCGUGGUUCAGUCCAACUGCCUUGGCCACCCUUUUGAUUCCAUUGCCUCAUAUUUGUCAGUCUGACAGUAUUUGAUUUGAAAAUUCAUUUCACACCCACAGUUCAAUAAAUGUUAUCCAUGGAAUUAAAUGUUAACGGUAUAAAAUGUGCUGAUAAAAGCCUAUCUUUAACAUAACAUAGCACUUACAGCUCAUUAGAGGUUUUAAUUGCCAAACAUCUGCCUUUUAGAAUUUUUUAUUUAAAAAAAACAAAAAAAAUUGCCAAUCAUGUAGACAAAAUGUAAGGUAUUAGUUGAUGAAAUUAUCUGCAAACCAAAUUUUUAUUGAGAAGCGUAUCAUUCCGUCAUGUUCUUCUUUGUACCAAAAUUGUACUGCUCGGCCAUGUAUUUUAUAUAUUGUAUUGUCUUUUCUUUUUUGGUGUUGUCAAAUGAAACCAAAGACCUCAUUUCAAAGUUGUGUAUCUCAGAAGGGUGUAGUCGAGUCUAGUGGCUUUCCAAGAGAACAACUGAAAGCUGAAUUUUCACCUUCUGAAACUGAUAUGGAAACUUCUCAGACAGUCAGCCAAUGGUUCCAUGUACUCUAGAUAUCAAUCCAUUGAGUGACAGCAUAGUCCAUACUGUCCAUACUUCUUAAUGGGUAGAGACCAGACCAUAGAUAGAAAUAGCAUUUUUCCCAGACACAUACAAUAACUUAAUUUUGAUCCGCAACAUUCCCAAGUUGUCCUUAGCAAGAGCCAUGAAUUUCAACCAGUGUCAUCUUGGUGGAGGAAGUGCAGGUGUGUCCCUCUUGCACUAUGAUUACUGUCCCAGAAUUCUGUCUGUUCAGGACCCUUUUUGCACUGAGCGCAGACUGACAUAAACUGAUUUAUCUGACUCACAGGACCCAGUACAUUUGUAGCAAAAUGUAAAUUUCUUUCAGUUUUUUUUGCACUGAAAUGUUUUAAGGUUGUGAUUUAAAUUGUGCAUAAUGCUGUGCCUGUAUAAAGCUUUUUUUCAUCUUUUUAAAAA